AUGCAAGGCGAGGCGAAAGAUAUCGAUCGUAACAUUAUUACAGUGUAAGUACAACUUUUAUAUAUUAUAUAUUCUGUAUUUUUUAGGCCAAGUUUCUGAAGGUUAUAGUAGACACUACCCUCGGCUCCAGAGGUCCGUUGUAGAAAUACCUAGGAAAUAAACUGUGCUCACGGUUCGAAAAAGCUCCGUUGUUUUUUUCUCUCGGUGCUUCGCCCCUCGCUUUCGCUGCUUCGCCGCGAACUAUCAAGCUCCAGAUAAGAAAACGUAACCGCUGGAACCCAAUGAAGGUAAUUAGACACAGGUAUGCAUUGCUGAAAUAGACUCAUUUAAUUACAUCAGAACUUAAUUCCUUCGGGUUUUAGAACUCAUCAUUCUUUUACAGAAGCCUUUCGUAUGAGGUGAAGAAAAUUAGGCUUAGAAAGUCACGUUGCAUUGGAGAGAACCCGGUUUUUCCGGAAGUUAUUCACCCGUACUAGUACCCAGAUAGCCUGAAUUUUCAUGACGUAUCUCGAACAAAUGUUGCGCAACGCUGACCAUUGAGACGUGACACUAAAUACUUCCAAAAAUUUAAUUACUUAAAUGGUUGAAUUUCUCAUCAAGAGUUUGUCUUGCAAAUAGAGUCUGUGUUAUCAAUUUUGCUGGGAUUCAUCCACUGACAUCCAUCGGUCUCUGCCACCUUUGCACCUGCUUUGCAUUAAUUACGUUCCUCAUUUUAUUUUGUUUUUACUAUUAUUGAGCAAUUUUAUCAGACACGACCCCACGAGCCCACGAGCGAAACAUCGCUUUAACGUCUACCUUAUACCGUGUAUAAAUAAAGAUUAUUGACUGAUUACAACCGUCGAUGCAACGACGAGAUAAAAUUGCGACCACAAAGAGAAAAGAUAAGCUUAUUGGUGCAGCAUUACAACCUACAAUACGGUUACCUAGGUACACUCGCCACAAGUCGACUGCGAGAGCGGAAGGCGCGAGAAACGCUCCCCUAAAAGUGUGUGAAAACGACGAGACGUAUUAAAGUUGUGAAAGUGUAUAUUUACCUAAGCAAAAAAUGACCUGAUAAAUGCGAAAUUGUAAACAUUUCAACAGAAUUUACGGUUUACAGCUGCGCGACAUUUGCACGACCAUAUUAUUUUGUUUUGUAUUGUUCCUGGUUUGUUUUGUUUUGUUUUUGCCUUUUUUCUAUUUUCUCUGUUGAACUGAGUUGCCCAUACCUACAUUCCACUACAUUUUCUCUAUCUUCGUCCCACAUUUUGCUCAUCAAGUCUCGCGAUAAGUACAGGGUUUACUCGACGUUCGGUUUUUUUUUUCUGGAAUGCAUAACGCCAUAGCAACCGCCUCUCAGUUUUUCUAGAACGUUUCUUCACUUCACUGAUUUUAGACAUGAUGUAAUGAGUAAGCUAUUUUGAGUUGAGAAUAAUGUUAUAUUAGAGAACCGAGUGUGUUUAAGCAACCGAAUCGACUUGGUAACAGCACAGAGUUAAACAGUGGAGAAGAGUUUUUGGCCAGAGGGUGUGAUUUUACCACAACUUGGAAUCUUUGAAGUUUUUCAUUAUAAGAGUAAGUUGCAAUCUGGGGUUUUAACUAUUUUCUGGCUGUUUGUUGACAGCCCGGUCACUAAAUCUAUCCACAGGGUUUUUCUUAUGUUCUGUUUAUUUUAUUUCAUUUUCCCACUUUUUCAGGGCCAAAGUUAGAAAAAUUUUAGAGGGGGUCUUCUUUUGCAAAAAUGCGAUUGACUCUACUAGACAAGAAGUCUAAGAGUUAUUAAAUCUAUCGAGUCACGUGGUUAGAAAAAAGUAAGCAAAAAGUAACUUAAAUGUGUACACCGCAAGAUUCAUUCUCAAUUUCAUGUGCUUUAUUUUUACUUUUAAUUAUAACAAGACAUUGACAGCAGUGGGUUUUUUAAACUGAUGCUUAGAAAGGAGCGGUGUCACGUAAUUUAUCAAACAGACACCUGGGCUCGCGGCUUCCACCAAAUUGACUGAUACAUCAAAAUAACCGCAAAAAAAAUAAAUAAAGAAUAAAUAUAAGAUCAAAUACGAGAAGGAGGCACAGAUGGACUCGAAAAGGAGUGAAACGGAUCGCAAUGGUGGUUUUUGAAAACUAAGUCUUGUAAGCCUAGCAGUUUUGCAAAGUUGAUUUUUAUGGUUUGUAACAUUUGAUGCUUGGGGGACAUAUUGUUGGACACGAAGCCGUGAUUGAGUCAUUCUAGCCUACGUGUAGCCGCACUCUCCCCCCGACAAAAGGGAGGGUGCGACUACACGUAGGCUAGUGUCAUUCACCAAUAGUUUCUCAAAUUCCAUACAUGCCAUUCCAUGGCACCAGACGGGCGUGACAGAGCCCCCUUAAUCUCUGUGGUGACGUAGUUUAGUUAUGCAUUUAGGUGUCGUGCGUAAAUUAGUACUUGAGAGUCAAGAAAACAUGUUAUAGUUACUGCGGUAAAUGUACGAAAGAAUGUCUACUUGAGCUUUGAACAUUCUAUCACGUCUUGUCCAAAAUUUCUAAUUGUAGACGAUGGAAAAUUUUCAGUCGACUUGCAUGUCCACUAUUGACGUAGACGGGUACCUGCCUCGAUUCCGAUAUUCCAAUCUCGGUAGUGAAAAGGCCAAACGUUAUAGCGUCGAUGGGGCUUUCUAAAAAUGUAGCGGAACAAACGACACAACGAGAGGAAGGAGAGCAAUUUGCUUUCAAAGACCUUUUCUGCAUAGUGACGUAAUUCAGUAAAAUUUCAAGAUAAGAAUGUUUCCUUCUUCUAAAAUUUCAGUUUACAGUAUUUUCACAUUAUCUUUUCACAAAUUUCGCUUGCUAAAACUGGUGAACGGCAGAGUUUGUAAGCUCUAUUUCUUUGACUUAAUAUCCGACGCCGUCUGUUUUCCUAGACUAAGUAAUCUUGUGCCAUACAGCUAAUUAUAAGGCGGGUAAGUAAACGUCAGCGAAUGAAUGAGUUUAAGAAUCAUCUUAUUCUGUUAACAUGCCUUUCCAAAAAAAAAAAAAGAAAAACAGAGAUAAUUUUUUGUCUGAUUGUCUUGUUGUUAUGACUCGAGUAUUUGUUUAUCGAGGUUAAGAUAAAAGUUACCCUAUAUGUUAUGUCCUUUGUGAUAGUUGAUCCGCCGGCUGGACACAGUUUAUGAAACAACAAUUAAGACUAAUUAACUUGACCAAUUUUGCUUAGUUCUUCGAUUUGUUUUUCCAGUAACCUCAGCAAGUUAUGUUGUUUGUUUGUUUUUGCUUCUACCUUUAGGCCUACAAUGCCUGGAUACGAGUUAUCUUCAGCGGACCGAUCAGUUAUCGACAAAAAGAAUUUAUGCCCUAAAUGUGAGGGUCUUCUUAGAGAAGCUGUGCAAACAAUAGCAUGUGGACAUAGAUACUGUAAAACAUGCGUGGAAACGAUUCUUUGGUAAGUACGUCAGGUCCUUGGUAUAGGGACUUUAAGCAACGACUACGGAAGCGUCUAAUACGGUGACCGGAAGUAAUUUUUUCCCGCCACGUGUCAAUUCCUCAAGACAGCAGUAAAAACAUCGCCUUUUAAGUAAAAAAAAACUCGCGUACAUUUAACCUUUUUGGUGCUUAUUCCACCUCACUUUCUUUGCAAAUAUAGGCGAAUUAGAAAGAGAUAAAAUUUCGUCGUCGCUUGUUUAUGCCCUUCACAAAACCUGAAAAUAGACAUUUUCAGUCAUUAGUCGUGCAGUGACAGCAAAAAAAGUACAAAAACUGUGAUAGUUGAUACACACUGAUCCCUGUCCCAACUAAAUUUACAGGCAAGAAGUUGGAAAGUGCAUCAUCGAUGGAUCAGAUAUUCAUAGGGAACAGGUUUGCCUUUUCUUUUGAUAGUUAAUGAAUCUUCUGAAUACAUACUACGACAGUCUGAAACACGGCACACUUCCGUUUUAGUUUAGCCUGAAUAACAGAAGCUUUAUGAGCCAAGUGAGGCGAAAGUGGCAUUUCUUAAUAUGUGGUUAUUUUAGUUAGUCUGAGUACCUUUAACCGCGCGCCACCCAGUUAUGAUGCUGUAUCCUCAUUCCACCCUCACCGCGCCCCGCCCCACCCCAUGUCGAUCCUUUAACUUUUCUUUCUUUCUUUCUUUGUUUCAUUUUACUUUCCUUGGAAAAAAACAAAAACAAAAACAAAAACAAUUUUCUUUAGCUCAGUUGCAAGAACGCUGCAAAUUUUAGCGCAAGACCCCGAACAACCAAGGUCUUAUCAUGUCUUGGUUCGGCCGGUGGCACGUCUUUGGUGGUCACAUUCUUCUUUCUCAAGUUAAUUCCAAGGAGACGCAAAGCCACACUCUUGUUCGAAAAGAGUAAGGGAAGUCUCUCCGUUGAUGCGGUCCACCUCUACCUCUACCAUCAAAUCACUAGCCACAUGUAUCGUACGGAAAGCUCAUAAGUGGACCGAUAACGGACGUCAGUGGUGCCAUUUUACGCUGACGUCCUAUUUUACUGUUAAUGGAGAGAUUAUUUAGAAUAACUUUUACCGCGAACGGCAAAAAUGUGAAUUUGAACCUCGUGACAUAUCUACACAUAAAAAGGUACUUACGUGUCAAAUUAGACUGCAAAUCAGUCGGUUUUUUUCUCAAAAUCAGUAAAGAAAUCGGUAAACGUGGCGUAAGAGUCUUACGCGCGACGCGCGCGAGCCUUACGCGCCCGUAGGGCGUGUGAGGCGAGAGAAAAAAAAACGUAUUUUUAGCGUCUCUCCCCAGUCUCGCUCUCUGUUUUGAGACUCGUUCCAGACCUUUUGUUUGACUGCUCGCGCGUACUUGAAUAGAGCGUUUUCACAUGACGUCACGGCAGCCAUAUUGGUGCUCCAAACCAAUCCUGUGAGAGUUGAUCCCUUUUCCUAUGUAAACACCUUCUUUUGUUCCAUAAAUUUGCAUAGAUGCUGAUCACGUGAUUGAAAACGCUCUAUACGCAAAAAUAUGAACUAUUUUACAGUCUAGUGUCAAGUUCAUCCACAAAACUUAUUUUGGACAAUUUUCAUCCUCUCAUUUUCUAAUUUGAGAAAUUUUUAACUUGAAUCUGAAGUUAAGGUUUGUCGUGAAUGUGAUUCUAGAUCCCUCUGUAAUAUAUCACUUAAAGAGCACGCAUGAUGUUAGUUAUCCGUCACCUUCGAAAUUAUUUGCCAACCUUUUCGUUUACUCUGCAUGGGUCAAGUAGUAACUGUUAUUUUUGUGUCUAAUAUAUGAUAGCAAUACGUUGUUUCGUAUCACUCUGCAGGUAUUUUUGGACCGCUUUGUCGAGCGUGAGAUUCAGUCACUGUUGGUCCAUUGCAUUCAUCAAGAAGAAGGAUGUGAUUGGAAAGACGAGCUUAGAAAACGAGAGGUAACAACUAAGCUUCUAUAUGAUGUUCAAAUAAGUCAUGAUGUAUACCCACUUCCAGCCCUACUGACAAGAGCGGUCCCACUGGGGUUAAUCUGUAGCCGUGACACUCGUGAGGCAAAAAACAAAAAACAUGUAUUUCAAAACGUUUUUACCGCACACCUUGUCAUCUUGUAAUGAAAGUGCCAAGAACGCUUUAAAAGAUUUUUUGUCUUGUCUAUUAUGGUGCUAAACAGGCCACCCAUUUUAACCAUAGGCUUUACUGUUCAGAUAGACCCUCUGUGAUGCCCAUGCUUGUACCAGCUGGAAAUAUGUAGAGAUGUAGAAAUAAUAGACGAGAUAAAGUGGUUUUCAAUUAGGCCGAAGUAGUUUAGGGUAUAAGAUUUACUCCGUGUUUUGGGGCAGGAAUCCUAUCCGCGCGUGUACGAAAAUUAUAGGAGUAAUGAAGCUAUCUUCAAUUUGGCCAAAGAGGUAUAGGGCGCAUGAUUUAAUCUUUGUUUUAGGGCAGGAAUCUUAUCAACGUGUGUCAUAAUAUUAUCGGAAUAAAGCUAUUUCAAAUUUGGCCUAAGAAGUAUAGUUCUUUUUUCAACAUGCUAAUGAGGUAUCAGCCAACAAUAAAUAAGAGAAAAAAAAAUACUGUAAUCGCGCCCGUCUUUCUUUUCUCGGUAUUGGCAACAAAACAUUUCCUCUGAAUUCCAGUGAUCCUAGCUGGACAGUAGCCGAUUCUAAAAUACAAUUCUUCGCGUAUCGUUCUAAAUUAUCGCCUGUAUUAUUAUCUCGUUCCCAUUAUUGUCAUAAUUGUCAGUUACGUGUUCUUGCGUGUUAGGAUCACGAGGCUGUGUGUGAGUACGUUCAAGUUCCAUGCGUGCAUUCAAGAUGCGGUGAACUGGUGACUAGAUCAAACCUGGUAGAGCAUCUUGAGAAGUGGUGUCAAUUCAGAAUGGAAAAAUGUGACCACUGCCAAACACUUGUUGAGUUUGCAUUUUUGGAGGUAAGAAUAACUCUACUGAAAUCGGCUGUUUACCUUUAGGUUGUCGUCAUUUGGAACAGGAUCCUGAAGUAAUUUAUAUUUAACGUCCUUUACAUCUUCCUUUCCAACGAUAAAUUUCUGACGUUCAUUGACUCUUUACAAAUUUCAUGCCUCUAAGCUACUACCGUCUCAAAUCGUCAGAAAUCGGUGGUGGUAAAAGGUCUCAUAAACAUGAGAGCUUUCUACCUACAUUAAUGGUCUCCAUUUAAAACCUGGUAGGCCCGGAGAGUAUGUUCACAGCGAUCUCUAACUUGAUGACCAAUAAUUAAUUGUUAAAUUAAUUAAUAAUUCAUUGUGCACAGGAACACCAAGAAUCUCAAUGUCCCUCCGUGCCCGUGACUUGCACAGAAUGUGGGAGAAAGGACAUACCUCGUUCUCAGGUGAGUUAUGCUUCGAGAGGUUUUCUUCUUUCUGGUGUUCUGCUUUUUUUACACACUCCUCGAAAUAAUGAUUCCAGAUUUAAAUUUGUUGUGCAACGCACGCGUAAAUGUGUAAACGGGUUGUUACCAGCUAGCCCCUAGACAGUAACACUGGAAUAAGACGUUUGAGACUUGAUGUUGACUUCUAUCUUUCUUACUUAGAUACGUGCCCACAUUGAUCUGGUAAAUGGAGACUGUGAAGAAAUACAAUCAAGUUGUCCAUGGACGCAAAUUGGAUGCCGUGAGACUAAGGUAUGCCAAUACUUAACAUUACUUAAGUUGGGAGGGGAUUACAUAUUAAAGGAGCCAACGUUAAAAACAAAUGACAAUCAGGGUAGGUUUUUUCGUGAAUGGUCAGCACACGUUAGGAGAUGCCACGAUUUUUCCUCUCCCUCUCCCCAGAGGUAGAUCAGACUACUUGUUUGUAAACAAGAAUGGUGCGUAGUGGGGGGUGGGAGAGUCGACUAGGGAAUACUCAUACUGAAGAGUCCUUAGAUUGUGCAGGUAAGAGAAGAAAAGACGUCUCCAGAAAGCUCAAACCUGAGUGGUGAUCAAGGUGGCAUGAGCCACUAUUGAAUUCACUUGAAGUUUGAUUGAUUGUAUUCUCCAAGUCAGCAAUCAUUCGGUAAUCUGUGGGUGGGCUGCGUGUUUAUUAACGAUUCUCAGCCUUAAUAAACUAUGUCGUUUUCGUUUUCUUUAGACUAUGAAACUGCAAGAAAGACGGAAGCAUGAAGAGGACAAUGCUUCCGGUCAUCUGAUGCUCCUUUUUCAAACCGUAAUGCAGCUCUUCUCGAUGGUUGGUAGGACCAUGCGCGACUCUGGUCAAUUGUCAAUGAAUGGCGUAAACCUACCAAAACAGAAAGAUCUGGAACGCUAUGCUAAACAAGUUGAGAAUACGCUGAAAGAGAAUGAAGACUUAAAAUCAAAACUGGCACAACAAGAAGAAAGAAUACGGCAACUGGAAAGUUCUAGACAGAAUAGCUCAAACUCAGCAUCGGCAUUUGAUUCAACGUUUGUCGAGGAGCUGUUACAGAGGAUAACUACAGAAGAAGGAAAGACGGCCAAUCUCGAGCUUUUGCUCGUUGAAGCAAACAGAUUAUGCGAAGAACUUCAGAGAAAGGUGUCUACCGUAGCCAGGCAACAGGAGUCUUCGAAUGGAACAACUGAUCGGCUACAAAGACAGUUCGAGUCCAUGAGUCACUCACUAGCACUUCGUAAUGUUAUGCUGACAGAUUUGGACGAAUCUGUGAGGCAGCAGGAAGUCUCCAGUCACGAUGGAAUCUUGCUUUGGAAAAUCACCGAGUUCGCUAAAAAACGCCAAGACGCCGUGUCCGGGCAACAGACAUCAUUUUACAGCCCGUGCUUCUUUACCAGUCGCUAUGGAUACAAGAUGUGCGCGCGAAUCUACUUGAAUGGUGAUGGUAUUGGAAAAGGGACACACAUCUCGGUAUUCUUUGUUGUCAUGCGUGGUGAGUACGAUGCCUUACUCCGCUGGCCAUUCAGACAGAAGGUAACGUUCAUGCUGCUGGAUCAGAAUAACGUAGAACACGUGAUCGACUCCUUCAGACCUGACCCAAACAGCUCAUCCUUCCAGAGACCAAGAAGAGAAACAAACAUCGCUAGUGGGUGCCCUACAUUCUGUCCCUUGUCGGAAUUAAACGAUCAUGCCUACGUCCGAGACGAUACUUUGUUUCUGAAGGUCAUAGUCGAUACGACGGAUUUAUAA